GUGAAGAUGGGCAACAGUGGAGCGGAUAAAGGGCUCGUUUUCCGCCUGAGGAUUUAAAUUAGGGUCGUUUCGCAGCCGGACGUACACCGCUGGGCAGAGAGACGCACUUUCUCCCCUCGUUUUUACCGCAGAGCCAGCCUCUUCCGGGUGAGAUAAAAAAGACAUUCGCGGAUUGGUUCUGACACCCGUCAAUCAUUUCCUGUUCCUGAUUCACUGAUUUGACACUGACGCUAGUGGGCGGGGCGAUCUCGUAAAAUUAUAAGGUCAUUUGAACUAAGCUUGCCAGCGCGCUCACCGGUUUCAAUGAACCCAAGGAUAAUAUGAAUUAUAGCGACAAUGAACGGAUGAUGACCGCGGGGGCAAAGUCGACGCGCAUCGCUAAGCAAUUUGUGAGGAGCAGCGCCAGGAGGGGGUUUUAUUAACGGCAGGAGAUCCCGGUCUGUGUGUCCGUCUCUGAGCGCCUCUACCCAGCCAAGCUAGCGGCGUUGAAGAGCGGAGGGGGCGGCCAGGCGAGUCUGUAAGCCGAUCAAGGUGGAAUUGCACACAAGUGAGCUCACGUUUGGGAUUUCUGCGUACCGAGACGCCGUUAAAGGUGUGGAGAAGGUGUCAGGAUGAUGCGACUGGCUUGUUGCACGGCCAUGCUGCUUGUGUUGAGGUUGCUGCUGGGCCUGCCUUGGUACCAAGUUCUUCCAGCCAUUCUGAUCUUCUACCUGGGAAGUGGAGGAUGGAACUUUCUGGACAUUUUUGUCAAAACACUUGGCAGAGAUUUACAUGCUGCGUAUGUUUUGCUGCGGGUGAAGCUGAACGUCAAGCGGCACGUCAGAGAGAAGAACACUAUUCCUAAGAUCUUUGCUGAGACGGUGCAGCGGCACGGGGACAAAACGGCGCUCAUCUUCGAGGGCACGGGGGAGAGGUGGACUUUCCGGCAGCUGGAUGAAUACUCCAACAGAGUGGCUAACCUGCUGCUGGAACGUGGCUUCAGGGAGGGGGAUGUGGUGGCCCUUUUCAUGGAGAACAGGUCGCAGUAUGUGGGUCUGUGGUUGGGCAUGGCGAAAGUGGGAAUUGAAGCCGCUCUCAUCAAUUUUAACUUGAGACUGGAGGCUUUGGUCCACUGUAUCACCAUCUCCAACGCCAAAGCUGUCGUGUUUGGAUCAGAACUAACUGACGCGGUGACUGAGGUCCACAGGUCGAUGGGGAAAGCCGUGCAGAUGUUUUGCUGUGGGGAUUGGGACCCCAAGCGGGUCCCCCAGGGAACCGAGCGCCUGGAACCGCUGCUGGAUGGCGCCCCAUCUCACCUGCCUCGCCGGCCACAGCGCUGCUUCACAGAUCGCCUGUUCUACAUCUAUACAUCAGGAACCACCGGGAUGCCGAAAGCUGCCAUCGUCGUACACAGCCGGUACUACCGUAUGGCAGCUCUAGUUUACUACGGCUUUAGGAUGACAUCAGAGGACGUCGUGUACGACUGUCUCCCUCUCUAUCACUCUGCAGGAAACAUUGUGGGAGUGGGUCAGUGCAUAAUACACGGCAUGACUGUGGUCAUCAGGAAGAAAUUCUCUGCUUCACGCUUCUGGGAUGACUGUGUCAAAUACAACUGCACAAUUGUUCAGUACAUCGGUGAGAUCUGCCGAUAUCUGCUGAAUCAGCCCAUUCGCGAUGCAGAGCGGCAGCACCGCGUGCGCAUGGCGCUUGGCAACGGCCUGCGCCAGUCCAUCUGGGAGGAGUUCAUGAAUCGCUUCAACAUCCCGCAGAUUGCAGAGUUUUAUGGAGCCACCGAAUGCAAUUGUAGCUUGGGCAACUUCGGCAACAAGGUUGGUGCGUGUGGCUUCAACAGUCAGAUUAUACCCUUCAUCUAUCCCAUCCGACUGGUGCGGGUUGACGAGGAAACGAUGGAGCUCAUCAGGGGCCCUGAUGGCGUCUGCAUCCCCUGUAAACCUGGUGAGCCUGGUCAGCUUGUGGGCAGAAUCAUUCAGAACGACCCCCUUCGCAGGUUUGACGGAUACGUCAACGAAUCAGCGACCAGCAAGAAGAUCGCUCAUAGUGUGUUCAAGAAGGGAGACAGUGCCUAUCUGUCAGGAGAUGUGCUGAUCAUGGAUAAAUACGGGCACAUGUACUUCAAGGACCGAACGGGAGACACUUUCCGCUGGAAAGGAGAGAACGUCUCAACGACGGAGGUGGAAGGAACUCUCAGCAGACUGCUGGACAUGAAGGAUGUUGUUGUUUAUGGAGUGGAAGUACCAGGAGCUGAAGGAAAGGCUGGAAUGGCAGCUAUCGCCGAUCCGUCUCACUCCAGCGACCUGGAGAAGUUUGUGAGGGAGAUGGAGAAGGUUCUGCCUCCGUACGCCAGGCCUGUCUUCCUCCGCUUCCUCCCAGAAGUCAAUAAGACGGGAACAUUCAAGUUUCAGAAGACCGAGUUGAGGCGGGAGGGCUUUGACCCCUCUGCAGUGACUGAUAAACUGUACUUCCUGGAUUCCAGCAGAGGGCGCUAUGUGCAGCUGGAAGAAGAGCUUUACCGCUCCAUACUGUCAGGGAAACACAAAUUGUGAUGAAGAAGCCGAUCACUACAUCUACACACAUUACAGCUCAGAAAAGAGGACGAUCGCUUGCUCCGGAUUAGAGAAGAUUUUGCCCCCCCAUGUCCACAAACAAUAGCCAUAUAAGGCCGAUCGGCUCACACACACAAAUUUAUUCUGUUAAAAAAAAAAAAAAAAACACAUGCACGUCGCUCCUAAGCACACGGCUCCAUCCUCCCCCCCGUCCCUCUUGAAAACCCCCCAGGAACUUACUUUUGCUACCUCAGCAAAUGCAGAGAGGGGCACCAGGACCUUUUGGUAACUUUAUCAACCCCUCCCCAUCCUAACCUGUUGGGCCUGCUCUGUAAAUGUUGAGGAAUACAAGCUGCCUGGCAUCCAGAAUGCAAAUACUUGAAACUCUGGAGGGUGAAAAGAAGAGGAAUCAGUCCUGCGCCACAGGGGGCGUGGCAUGACCUGCGUGGGACCUAAACUCAUCUGUUUUGUUUUGUAGUGUUUUGUGAGGUUGUUGCGUUUAAAGAUGGCACCUCUGCAGUUUCGGCUUAACCUGCACAAGAAGUGGCAGACGGUCUCCACCAGAUCAGGUCUCCAAAGCAUUCCAAACGUUCUUGAAAAGGGAAAACGGGAAACUGCACAGAUGACGCCUGAGACCAGCGGGUGAAGCUUUGAUGUGCAAUAAAGCUCCAGCGCAUGCAGCCUCGUAAAACAUACCAGCUGAUAAUGACUUUUUUAUUUUAUAUAUAUAUAUUUUGGCGAAUACCAAAUAUAUUUAUUUUAAUUGUAGUGUCUGUGUGUCUCAGGCUUUAAGGACUUUUCCAAUUUUUUUGUUUUCAGCUUUAUUUACAUCCCAAACUGUGUGUGGUCAUUACAGCUGCAGCAUGCAUGCUUAAUCAGCUGCUGGAAUGCAAAGUAAGUGCACCCUGGUCUGGAGUAGUCAUCUGAGCAGGAUCCGUCAGGUUGUGCAGGUUUCGUCUGGAGCCGGUUGGGCUUUGUGUGUGAAACGUAUGAAUAGGACUAAAGUUGAAAGGGUUGCUUCACCGAGUUAGGACGAGCUGAGCGAUCCAAAGAUUCUGUUUCAAACUGAAGCGCAUGCA